AUGUUGAAAAUGAAACGGCACGAGGUGGCGCAAGCGAAUAAGUUGAGGAACGGCCUGGGGAAGGUGGAGGAGACCACCAAACUGGUGGGGCAGAUGUCUGAGGAGCUCGCGGUGGCGCAGGUACAAGUGGCGGAGUACACGGAGCAGUGCAUCGAGUACAUGGGCGUGAUCAACGUGCAGCAGCGCAACGCGGACGAGCAGCAGCGCAGGGCGGCGCGCAGCAAGAAGACGCAGGAGGAGGAGGUGCAGUGCAAGAAGCUCGCCGACGCCGCGCGCGACCUCGCCAGCGCCAUGCCCGCCCUCGACGAGGCCGUCAAGGCAUUAGACGCUCUGAACAAGAAGGACAUCACUGAAGUGAAGUCCUACGCGAAGCCACCGCAGAAGGUCGAGAUGGUGCUGGAAGCAGUACUUAUCUUAUUACAGAAAGAGCCGACAUGGGCGGAGGCGAAGCGUCAGCUCGGCGACCAGUACUUCCUGGACCGGCUCCGUGAGUUCGACAAGGACAACAUUUCGGACAAGACGCUAAAGAAGAUCGGCACGUACACCGCCAAGCCGGACUUCGACCCGGAGAUCGUGGGCACCGUCUCACUCGCCGCCAAGUCGCUGUGUUUGUGGGUCCGCGCCAUCGAGAAGUACGGCAAGGUCUACAAAAUAGUAAAGCCCAAAAAAGAACGUCUAGAAGAAGCCCUGGAAUCGCUCCGCAUGAAGCAGCAGAUCUUGGCGGAGGCACGCGCCAAGCUGAGGGAGUUGAGCGAGAUGAUAGCUCGUCUGCAGCGCGAGUACGACGAGAAGGUCGCGCAGAAGGACGAGCUCGAGCGCAAGUCCAAGCUGCUGCAGCUCAAGCUGGAGCGGGCGGAGGCGCUCAUCUCGGGACUGUCGGGUGAGAGGGAACGAUGGGAGCAGACGGUGGAGCGACUGGACAAGGAGUUCGACAACUUGCCCGGCGACUGCCUCAUCGCGACCGGCUUCGUCGCGUACCUCGGGCCCUUCGUUUCCGAGUACCGGGAGGCAUUGAUGGACGAUUGGUUUAAUGAGGUGUACAACGAAGCCGUGCCUGUGACCAUGGACCUAAGCAUGAAGAAUUUCUUGCUGGACGACGCUACCCUCAGGGAUUGGAACUAUAUGGGGUUACCUGAUGAUAACUUCAGUGCGGAGAACGGCAUUAUCGUGGUGCGAGCCACUCGCUGGCCGCUGGCCGUGGACCCUCAGGGUCAGGCGCUCAUCUGGAUCUCCAGGCUAGAGGAGCAAAACGACAUACAGCUUGUUGACUUCGGCCAACCUAACUACCUAAAAGUCAUGGAGACAUGCUUGACUGAAGGGAAGCCGAUCAUCGUCCAGAACGUGGGCGAGGUCCUGGAUCCGUCCAUAGCGCCUAUCCCGGACAAGGCUAUUGUGAAGAUAGGCAAUUCGAUGGUUAUCAAGUUCAACGAGAAGAUGGUCCCGUACAAUGAAGACUUUAAAAUGUAUUUGACUACUAAACUAGGUAAUCCUGUAUACACUCCGGAGACGUUAACCAAGACGACGAUGGUGAACUUCGCGGUGAAGGAGCAGGGCCUGACGUCACAGCUGCUCGGCAUCGUGGUCCGCAAGGAACGGCCCCAGCUCGAGCAGAUGAAGGACAACCUCGUCAUGACCAUCGCAAAUAACAAGAAAACGCUGAUGGACCUCGAGAACGACUUGCUGCGCAUAAUGUACGAGUCGCAGGUACCUUUGUUAGAAAACGAGGAGUUGUUCGUGACCCUGCAGACCUCUCAGCGGACCUCGCUGGAGGUCAAGGAUGCUCUCAUCACCUCGCAGGAGACCGAGCGGGAGAUCGACACUGCUAGACAGGGCUACGUACCAGUAGCAGUGCGUGCAUCGGUCUUGUUUUUCGCACUGAACGACCUGUCGCGCAUCGACCCGAUGUACCAGUUCUCCCUGGACGCGUACAUCGACCUGUUCACGUACUCCAUUGACCGCAGCCCCAAGGGGGGUGAGCUGGAGGACCGCAUCAACAACCUCAACGAAUUCCACACUUAUGCGGUGUACAAGAACACGUGCCGAGCCCUGUUCGAGCGACACAAGUUGUUGCUGUCGUUCCACAUGGUGUCGCGCAUCCUGUUCCAGAUGGGCAAGAUGAACAUCAACGAGUACCUGUUCCUGCUCAAGGGAGGCGUCGUGCUCGACAGGUCUGAACAGCCGGACAACCCCACUAACUGGAUGCCGGACGAGUGUUGGGACAACGUGACGGAGCUGGACAAGCUGCCCGGCUUCCACGGCGUCAUCGACGCGUUCGAGGUGUUCAGCAAGGAGUGGCGCGAGUGGUACCUCAACCCCGAGCCUGAGCUGCAGCCGCUCAUUGGUGAUUGGAACGACAUCUGCAACGACUUCCAACGCAUCCUGUUCGUUCGGUCGCUGCGCGUGGACCGCGUGUCUGCCUGCAUCACCACCUUCAUCAUCAACGUCCUCGGCCCGCGGUACGUGGAGCCGCCCGUGUUGGACAUCAAGGCUGCCUGGGAAGAGUCCUCUUGGAAGACGUCUCUUCUUUUCGUGCUAUCGCCUGGGGUCGACCCUACUGCGUCUCUCAUUCAGCUGGCCGUCGAUGUGAAGAUGUUUGACAAGUUCCAGUCGCUCAGUCUUGGGCAAGGACAAGCGCCUACGGCGGCUAGGAUGCUAGCCCACGGUAUGAAGGAAGGUGGUUGGGUGUUCCUGGCCAACUGCCACCUGGCGUGUGAGUGGCUCGGGUCGCUGCGAGGACUGGAUAAUCCUAAGAUCCAUCCGCGGUUCCGGCUCUGGCUUACCUCCAUGCCGGAUGAUAAAUUUCCUCUCAACAUACUGCAGAGGAGUAUCAAGAUGACCACGGAACCGCCGCAGGGUCUGAAAGGUAAUAUGGUGCGCAUAUUCGCGAAUAUAAACGAGGACAAGUUCGACGAGGCGACGCCCAAGUAUCGCCGGCUGCUGUUCUGCGUGUCGUUCUUCCACUGCACGCUCAUCGCCAGGAAGCGCUUCCGACAGCUCGGCUACAACGCCGUGUAUAGCUUCAACGAUGCUGAUUUUGAUGUAUCAGACAACCUCCUAGCGAACUAUCUGGAAGAGUACGAGGAGGUCCCGUGGGACGCGCUGCGCUACCUGUUCGCGAUCAUCAACUACGGCGGCCACAUCACCGACGACUGGGACAAGCGCGUGCUCAUCGCGUACAUCAACCAGUUCUUCUGCGAGGAGGCGCUCGACACACCCUUCUAUAGGCUGUCGUCGCUGCCGGCGUACCACAUCCCGCGGGACGGCAGCCUGGAGUCGUACCGCGACUUCCUGGACGUGCUGCCGGCGGCCGAGCGCGCCGAGUCCGUGGGGCAGCACGCCUCCGCCGACGUCGCCACGCUGGCGCAGGAUGCAAUCAUAAUGACGUCCACACUGUUUGCGCUCGCGUCGACCGGCGGCGGCGGCGGAGGUGGCGGAGAAGAUCAGAAGGUGGACGAGCUGGCGGCAGAGAUGCUGUCGAAACUGCCGAACAAGAUCGACGUGGAGACGACGGAGCGCAUGAUGGGCCCCGAGAUCGUGAUGCCGAUGUGCGUGUCGCUGCUGCAGGAGAUCGGCUACUACAACGUGCUCAUCACCGCCAUCACCGCCGGGCUCAAGGAGAUGCGGCGUGCCAUCGAGGGUCUGGUGGUUAUGUCCGAGAUGUUGGAGGACAUGUACACGUGCAUAUUCGAGGGGAAAGUACCUUCCUUCUGGCAGAAAGGGCGUCCGUCGAUGAAGCCGCUGGGGUCGUGGUGCCGCGAGCUGUGGCUGCGCGGGGCGCACCUGGGCGGGUGGGCCAACGCGCCCCGCGCGCCCCCCACGCUGUGCUGGCUGCCCGCCUUCGUCGCGCCCACCGGCUUCCUCACCGCUGUCAUGCAGACGACGGCCCGCGGCGAGGGCUGGCCGAUCGACACGCUGUGCUGGGAGUUCACGGUGAUGCCUCUGGACGAGGGCUCGUUCGUGCGACCGCCACGAGACGGCGGCGUCUACAUACGUGGUCAAUAUUUAGAGGGUGCUAGCUGGUUCAAGAAGGAAGGCUACCUCCAGGAGCCGUUGCCGAUGCAGCUGGUGUACCCCCUCACGCCCAUACACUUCAAACCGAUCAGGGCCACCGGCAAGCGUUUAAAGAAUCGUUACAUCUGCCCGUGUUACUACUACCCGAUGCGCAAGGGGAGCGUUCGUGGUCGCAGUGGACCUUCCCUCCGGCAAGGAGACCUCUGA